UUUUCAGCCUGGCAGUAUUGGGUUAGCAAGCAGCAGGCACUGUUAGGAAGGAACUAUUCUACCGGGGCACAAGAAAGAUCAAAAUUUUAUUUGAUUUUUUACUUUCACUGCCAAGCCUAUCUCACCCUGGUUCAUGGUUUUGUUUUGGUGAUCCAGCGACUGCUUUGUAAAUGAGCAUUAAGAACUCGUCUGCUUUUCGAUCGGAGCGCAGUUUCCACCAGAGCUCUUCUUCUUCAUCAUCUUCCUCUUCCUCCUCCUGCAGCGACCCUCACAUGGAGAAGGCGCGAGGCAUCCUCGGGGACGACUUUGGGUCCUUCCUCAGGACCCGGGAUGAGCCAUUAGGCUUCGCAGGUCGUGCCAACAGCACCAGGAACAUCAAGACCCUGGGGGACACCUACCAGUUCACAGUGGACGUGAGCGACUUCUCUCCCGAAGACGUCAUCGUCACCACGUCCAACAAUCAGAUUGAGGUCCAUGCUGAGAAGCUCGCUGCAGACGGCACGGUGAUGAACACCUUCACACACAAAUGCCAGCUGCCCGAGGAUGUGGACCCCACCUCUGUGACCUCCGCGCUGGGGGACAACGGCUCCCUCACCGUCAAGGCCCGCCGGCACCCGGCCAAACACAGCGAGCACAUGCAACAGACCUUCCGGACUGAGAUCAAAAUCUGAGCCUAUGCCCCUGUUACCCUCAUCAACACAAACACAGGGUGCCAUCAACUCUCAAUACCGGUCGCUUGAGUUUCUCAAUGUAGUUAGGUGAGAUCUGCCCUGGACACUGUCUGUAUAAAAGUGGUCUCCAAGAAUAGGUUCCUGCAACAUUAAUAUAGUUGGCUGAGUUCGUUCUAAAGGCAGGUUUUAUUACCAUGCUGUAGAUAUACCGGUCGAUAACACACCUCCCAGUAUACCAUCAAUUUGGACUGAUGCCUACUGCAAUACUAGUUUGAUUCCCAGUUCCAUAAUGAUAGAGAGGCAGCACAGGUUCAAAUAAAUGUCCAAUCUGCACUUUGUUAUACUUUAUUGGCCAUUUUGUUAUGCUGCCAUCUCCCUGUUUUGUGUAUUGAAUUUGUAACCACGGGUGUUUAUGAUGGUACUGUUAUGAGGAGAUUUUUGUAUUUCAAUAAGCCUUUGUCUAAUAAUAAUGUCAAGCAGCUGCUUUAUAGUGAAUACAUCACUGAGAGGAAAUGGUUGGCUAUUGCUGAAAGUACUUUUGGAAAAGUACUGUAAACCAAUAUCCAGCUUUGGAAAUAUGUCCUUUGGUGCCACAGCAUAUGGGAAUGGAUGUAUCACAUUGGUACAUUGACCUGUUUUUUUAGAGAAAGAAAUACAUGCAAGUUAAUGGUUUGAGAAGCGAGCUCACACCAGCUAUAUAUUCAAUAAUGAGCUGAGCUGAGUGACAAAGUCAAAUAGACAAAGGUUUUAAUUAAUGACUGCUGAAGAAGGCAUUAUCCAAAAUGUGUGUCUUCUGACUGCAUAACGUAGGGGUUAUUUGAUCAUCCUCUACCCUGAUAAUUCCCAACUGGGUUAUUAGAGCAUUUUCCAGAACAAGGAAGCCCCCUGGAUCGCAUAAAGCACUUGUUUUUAGGGAUAGGUGGUUGCAAUACUGGGUGAUUCCCCAUGCUGGAAAAUCCAGCUGUGAUUUAUCUCUUCAGGGUACAGCUCAAUCAAACCCUUAGCGUCUUACAAUUUAAUCCAAGGUUGUAAAUCAUAUACAUCACUUUUAAUGCACAGCUAAUUUUGGAUGCCUUCUGGAGAUGAGGCUUGUCUCACAGCAUGCUUAGAAGCAGCUGUCACAGUUUUGUAAAUAACUUGUAUUUAUACUUUUUUUAACAUAAUGUGAAUGCUGGACGUGCAUUUUUCUCCUUUUAGACUGGCAUGUGUCUAUCAAUCAAGUAUUCAAACCAGUUACUUUGCUCAUUAGAUACAAACAGACAGAUGGGGAUGCGAAGGACCUGACUCUUUCAAUUGUGGAAGCCUGAAUCUAAUCCAACCCACAUGUUACUCGUGUAAUAGAGUCUCCAAUGAUCUCUUCAUGUUCAUUGUGUCCAUGGUUCAUGGAUUUAACAGUGAUGGGCCAAUUUAGGUAUGGUCUAACUAUCAGUGAAUCCUUUGCUGUCAGAUACAUGGCUGAUCCACAUGGAUAAUAACAAACACAGACCGUGACUUUCCCAUGGGUUAAUAGUAAAUGAUCAUGACUUUUCUGAUGGUCAUAAGAGGGCAAGGUAAACAGGACUAAAGUGGACAGAUACCCACUUCCUCAUUAGAUUUCCGACCCCUGAUCAUUGAUCCCGUGGUCUCUGUUUAUAAGUGCCAGUUAGGUUCAAUGGAACAUUCACACACAGAGCCCAAUUGGAGUUUUCCAGCUCAUUCAAAUGGAAGUCUGUCUUUCAGUGCUAUAGUUCAUAAUUAUUCAACACUGUCCCCGGCCCCCCCUGUAACCCAAGCUCCCAGCCCCGUCUGCACUGCUGUUUGCUUUAUUCUAGGGGUUCUGAUCUUGACAUUUUCUAUUGAUUAAUCACAUGAUCUACGACUGAUUAAUCAAUUCAUCACAACUGUUGAUAUUAAAUUGUAUUGAAAGACAAUUACAAGUAAUACAAAGUGUUAACAUGAUGCUAUUUACUGCAAAUGCCAGCUAACAUUUAAUAUACAUAAUGUAUAUUUGCUUGCAUGUAAUUUAACUGUUUGAAAAGAUUUGCUUACAUGUAAAUAGAAGUAAGCCAAGGUCUUUAGAAGUACUCUGCAGCAUUUUUUAAGAUAUAUUUUUCAUGCACUGUUUUUUGAUAGACGAUAAUCGAUCAAUUACUUUUUAACCUAUCAAAGCCCACAAGUGUGGUUAAUCAAUUAAUUACGAAUCAAUUAAAACGUCCUACUUUUACUCAUAGUUGUGCACAGUGCAGGAGAGGCAGAGAGAGAGAGUGACACAUACUAGGCUGUCUCUGCCAAGUUUAUUCUCACAUCAGUGUGUAUGUUCCAUUCUGUCUGGUUGUUCAAAGCUCUAGAAAUACACGGCUUUGCACAGAUCCUUCCUGUAGCAUUGAAGACCAAGGGCAAGGUGUGGUUUGUGUUGUACAAACUAACUAUUCUCACAUUUACAUUCUGAAUAAACCUUCUUUGUGA